UUUACAUGAGUUAACCAUUGCCUCAGUCUGUCAGUGUGCCGGCAGCAUUAUGUCCUCUCUGUCUGUUCUUCCACCGGAAUGUCUGUUACAGCCUUUCCAUGUCCCCAAACGGCUUAUGCUCGGACCAGGACCGUCCAAUGUACCCGCACGAAUCUUAGCAGCCGGAGCACAGCCCAUGCUGGGCCACCUGCAUGCAGAAACUAUUGAGAUUAUGAAUCAGAUUAAGAGUGGCAUUCAGUAUGCGUUUCAGACCCGAAACCGCAUGACUCUGGCUGUGAGUGGACCGGGUCAUGCUGCUAUGGAGUGUGCCAUCUUUAACUCACUGGAGCCUGGAGAGAGUGUCCUCAUAGCGGUCAAUGGCAUAUGGGGAGAGAGGGCUGCAGAGAUCGCUGAGAGGAUAGGUGCCAAGGUGAACACAGUUGUAACCUCUGCUGGUGGGUACUUUACAAAUGAAGAAAUUGAGCAGGCAUUACACAAAUACAGGCCAGUGGUGUUCUUCCUUACACAUGGAGAAUCCUCCACAGGAGUGGUUCACCCCAUAGAUGGCAUAGGUGACCUUUGCCACAAGUACAACUGUUUAUUUCUGGUUGAUUCAGUAGCUGCAUUGGGAGGUACUCCCAUCUGCAUGGAUGAGCAAGGUAUUGAUAUUAUGUAUACUGGCUCUCAGAAGGUCUUGAACGCCCCUCCAGGAACUGCACCAAUCUCCUUCAGUGAGAGAGCAUGCCAGAAAAUAUUUAACAGGAAGACAAAACCAAUCUCUUACUUCUUGGACAUGAGCUGGUUGGCAAAUUAUUGGGGUUGUGAUGACAAGCCUGUACGCGCUUAUCACCACACCGGACCUAUAUCUUCUUUCUACGGUCUGCGGGAGAGUCUGGCCAUCCUCGCAGAGACUGGUCUUGAAAACUCAUGGAAACGGCACAAAGAGGUUGCGGAGUACUUCCAUAAAGGCUUAGAAGAAAUGGGCCUAAAACUAUUUGUGCAGGAUAAGAAAGCAAGACUGCCAACAGUGACCACAAUAGUAGCUCCCCCAGGAUAUGACUGGCGGGAAAUCACGGGGUACAUUAUGAAGACCUUUAACAUUGAAAUCUCUGGGGGCCUGGGACCAUCUGCUGGCAUGGUUUUGCGUGUGGGACUGAUGGGAUGUAACAGCAGCAAGGCCAACGUGGACAUGGUGUUGGAGGCCUUGGCUGAUGCUCUUAAACACUGCCACAAGAGCAGAGUCUGACAGCUUGACUGGUCAUCAGUAACAAGUUCAGCUUUUAUCCCUAUAUCAGUGGUUUUCGAUUGUUUUUAGUGACAACACCCUUUGAAAGUAGAAAAAUCUUUCUGCCCCUCCUUUAAAAAAAAAAAAAAAAAAAAGUCAUUUGCAUAUUACUUUAGCUGAUACUAGUACAAUACUAGUAGUUGUUACAUUUUUUAUAGAAGAAUUGCUAUAAAACAUCAUCAACUUGUUGUAUUUUUCAUCUUUAAGGUUUUCUUUUUCUCAUGAUUAAAUUACUUUUUGUAAGCUG